CCGCGAACUAGCCCACGGCCAGGCCCAUGAUCUCUCCUCUCCGCUAUCGAGAUAUGCGUAUGCCGAAGCUGGAUCCUGCUGCGUCUGCGUGCUGUGUCGAACAUCUUCUGACCAUCCGCACAGACGUGAGCAACUCCUCUGCCACCAAAGCCGGCCCCGAGAUCUAUGGCUUGGUCAUUAUCGGAUAAGGACACCCACAACCUCCUUCCGGGAACAGAAUUAUCCCAUCUCCCGGACAAGACGGGCAUCGCGCGACUAGCGCAACUGGAUCAUUGGCGCGCAAGUCGGCUGAGAUGCUCUGCGUGUGGCCGGCUUGGCAGAAGUGCCCCAGGACUUGGGAACCUGUCUGUUCCAUUUUGGUGCUGUAUCCUGUUGUAUCCCGCGCAGCCUUGUGGCACGAACCACCCUUCCAUUCCGAUCAUAUUCUUCCCAAACCGCUGCGCCAGAUGCUGAUUGACUCUAGACAUACUGUCGUCCAGCUGACAAGCUUCGUGAUUGGCCCAGGUCUCGCAAGUUUUUUUUUCCACGGACAGCGAGUCGCAUUUCUUGCGCUCUCGGCUGUCGGUGUGCGGAAUCUCGAUGUUUCGGUCGUUGAUUUUGAAGCCCAAUCUCGUUCUUGGCCGUCGAGACCUUAAUAGUGCUGAGCUGCUUGCCUGGAGCUCUUGAUCAGCCCGAGAGGCAACGUGCUACCGAGACCGAAAUGGCCUCGACCCCGUGACGUAACUCAGUCCGCCACUUUCGCAGAGGCUUUCAUAUCGGGAAGAUUGCAAUCAUCCCUCCCUCCGCAGUCUGAGUUCUAUUGCUUCUGGUUGUUCUCUUGUCAAGAUGCCGAAGAUACACUUGGCUUCAGAAUCAGCACAUAUUUUGUGUGAAAGUUGCCUCGGGAAGGCGAAACGCAUCCACCAAGACGCGACUGUGAAGAUCACCGUGGUCUGACCUGUGUCACUCUCGUCGACCUGUCCGUCGGCAAGCGGUACCGGGCCGUGGAGCAGAUUCGGUCUUGUCGGAGAUGCUGCAGCGCGAGCCGACGUGAGCUCGCAAAUGAGCGUCAUUUCCAGCUUUCCUUGUCUGCAGCACUUAUCUCUCGUCGUCUCGAUGGCUAGCAAGGGCAUCGUUGUAGCCGAAAGAAGCCCCUAUCUACUACCUGGACUGUCUCAGACUGCACGUUCCUCUCUUCACACCAGCCACUCCCACAAACUAGCCCACUGUCUAAAUCUGUCCUCGCUGAUUAGAUCUGCCCUGGCGAUGGACAUCCAAGUCAUUCUCAAUCCUGGAGCAGCGGGAUCACCGUUGAAAUACCAACACGAAACCCUUUCGCGCCGGGGGACGCCUUUACAAAAACAGUCAUCUCGUCGAAGCGUUCGAUCGUCUUCUCCGAGGCUAUCUUACCGGACCAAGAGCAAGCCAACAGCAGAACCACACGACGUGGCUCCAUCUUCUCCUGCGCCAAUCGCAAAACGUUCCUCGAGCCUCCGCGAGAGUGAUUUAUCCGCAGCUACCCGCUUCGAGCAGUUGUCAACCAGGAAGCGCCCGUCGUCUGUGUUGGCCAUGCUCUCCGCCACUCCGACAAAGCGCGCUCGCCGUGACAGCUCGUCGCACAGCCAUUCGUCAAGCAACGCCACGGCAACCUCUUGUCAGACAACGGCAAGUAUGCUUCUUUCGCGUGCUCGACAGCAUGUGGCACGUGAGCGCGAGACGGUCCCCCUCGGCCAGCGAACGCUUUCAAUAAUGGAUGUCGUGAUGGAUCUCAAGGGCCCGACUGUCGCUGACAAUGAUGAAUUCCUGCAGGCCAUAAUCGACUCUGCUCGCCAGACACGCUGUCGCUGGAAUUACCGCUUCUUGACCCAGCAAGAUGUCGAUUCCUACUGGCAAGAUCAAGCUGCAAUCUGUAGUAGCGGAGAACCCGCCUCAGCCGUGCUCUCUCACUUUCCCGUUUCUUCGGAGCGCCUGACCGCGACUUGGGGCGAUUAAUCUGUGAUUUACUCGAGGGCAGGCACUAAUUCUGACAUUCACUGUCGUGAUCGAAUGCGGGAAUGCUAUCUUAUCGCUCUGGCAUAUCCCUGUUUCGCAAGAGAUCGACAGAUCCAAGUCUCCGUAAGUCUGAGACGAAUGCUGCCGUGGCGCUGCAUUGCAUUUGUCAGGUUCCGCCCGGGUCAGAUGAGCAUCCGCGAUCUUCUGCCACAACAACCACUGCCAAUUGCGGUAGUCGGUGUGUGCUUCAUUUCCAAUAUAAAUACUAGAACAUUGUGAGACGCGCCAUCAUCGAAAACAUUUUGAGCAAGCGACGGCGAGGGUAAAGUACAUGUCCGUUCCAAGAUGUGAAGAGAAUCAAUUAGAUACUGUAGAUAUGUAAGAAUCCCUCAAGUUUGGUGGAAGCGCUUCGAGCUUCUGGUCUCUGGAUAGCCCACCGAAGGCUCCUCACUGUCGACGUCCAUUUCAUUCCUGCUCCGCUUUCGCGAAUCUACCGCAGGCGGCGGUGUGUUCCCUGCUCCGAAAUCGACCUCCUCUCCGCCGACAGGCCGCAAUCUGAAUGAAGUCCGGGGUGCGCCACUUGCAGGUCCUCGCUCAGCUUCUGGAUAGAACUGCGUGCGGGAAUCUGGCCGAGAGGGAACUCCCUCGGCUGCGCCCGAGCCAGAUCCUGAGCGAGAGCCGGGGCUAUCCGAGCGCGAAUAGGCAGGUCGGUCACCAAAGUAACCUGCUUCCUCGCGACGACGGUUUUGAUGGGUAUCGGGAUACUCAGCCCGGGAUCGGUUUGCGGAGUUUGGAGAUCGCGCAUCCAUUGGUGCGUCGCGUCGCUCACGGUCCCAAUCUCUCUCAGGCAUCGGCUCUUCGCGAUUAAUAUACGUUCCGGGCCCCAUGCGUUGAUGAGGAUGAAUGCGCCCGGCAGGUGGAGACAGUGGGGGAAGCGAGUUUUGAUGACGAUGGACCGGCUCAUGCAUCUCGUGUCGCGACCGGCCGCGAUCGGAUAGCGGUGGACUGUGAAGCGGAGGUGGGUCGCCAUAUGGAGAAGGGUGAUAGACUUGCUGCUGAGAACUGAGGGAGUGCCCUCGUCCACGAGAAGGUGAUCGUGUGCGUUCGUGCGCAUGCAGUGCCGGGCUGGAAUGGGCGACGGGUGGAGGCGCGUGAUUUCGAUGUGGCUCAUGUGGAGCGGGUGCAAACUGCUGAGGCAUGAAUUGUAGUUGUGGCUGUCCUGGUAUUCCUCCUGAACCGCGUCGGGGAUGACUACCGGGACCUCGCGGCGAUUCUACGGGCCCAGACCGAGGGUGUGAGCCCCGAUUGUACUCCUCUAGAUCUCGCGCAGACAUAUGAUUAGGAGCCAUAGCAUGAUGUUGCGGUCCUUGCAUUCCGGGACUUGGGUGGACGGACGAGUGGGUGUGUCUUUCUUGUGGCUCUGGCGACGUCGGGACAAGCUGUAAUCGUUCAUAGAGGACCCUAUUUGAAAUGAAGUUGAGGCAAGUUUGUAUCUACAUGGUGAAUAGAUGGAGUGGCUCACGCGCGUUCGAUCUUCAUUCUCU